ACGUCUGAGUUUGGGUUCAAGUCUUUCUGUGUCAAGGGCGCUCUGAAUCACACAGCGCGAAUAGCUCAGUAUGUUGCUUGAGUCAUCAGAGACUGAAUCACAGGGCUGCUAGGUCACUUUAGGUCAUGAGCAGUCUGACAAUAUAUAAGAAGUAACAGAGCGUAGUUUAACCCAUAUCACACCCACAGACAAGGCUGUGCACCCUGUAAUUCGUCUUGCAUGCAACACUCGUGACCAGGUGGGGUCAAGGCAGGGCCAAGUAACUGAAGAAACACAGAGGAGUACAUAUGUUCAAGAUGAACGGAACACAAUUGCUGCCAGAGAUGACAAGCGUCUUGUUGCUGGUCGUUCUGGCGUUGGUCUCACUGUGGUGGUUGUUGACACGACGGCCAGUAGGAGUACCUCCAGGACCAGGCUUUGCUCUUCCGGUGCUGGGUCAUCUGCAUCUUUUGAAGUCAGAUCCUCGUCAGCAGUUCACAACAUGGCGACGACAGUACGGUGACGUGUUCAGUCUGUAUAUGGGCAGCCAACUGGUAGUGGUCCUCAACGGCUACAAGGUCAUCAAGGACGCGCUGGUCAAACACGCCGACGCCUUCUCCGACAGACCUCACUUUCCGAUAGCAGAAUACCUCAAAAGUACAGGGGUAAUAGAAAGUUCGGGCCCUAUCUGGAAAGCACAGCGGAAGACUGCUUUGGAAAUAUUAAGAGGAUUUGGUUUUGGUAAGAAUAUCCUGGCUGAAAGGAUUCAGGAAGAGGUCACCGAGUACCUUAAGGCCAUCGCUGAGAAGAAAGGUCAGCCCCAAGAGCCUGGCCCGGAUGACCAGGUCAGCGUGUCUAACAACAUCUGCUCCAUCGUCUUUGGCAAACGUUUCGAGUAUGACGACCCUGUGUUUAACAGCUACAUGCACACUCUAGAGGAAAAUGCCAGAGAGGCCGGAUCAGCAUCAAUCGUGCAAACGUUUCCUUUUCUACGAUUCAUCCCUGGGGAUCCAUUUGGGGUCAGGAAAUUAUUUGAGAGUUUUGCUAGGAUUCUGAACACCUUUGUCAAGCCUUUCAUCGAGCGACACAUUGAAGACUACGACGAGAAUUGCGUGGAUGAUUUUAUCAGUGCGUAUCUCAGGGAGAUUGAGAAAGUGAAGCAGCAACCAGCGGCGGAGUUUAUCAACAAAAGGAAUUUGGGGAAACUUGUCUUUGACCUGUUCGGGGCUGGAACUGAGACGACAUCGACAUCAAUCCGCUGGAUCAUCGCACUCCUUCUUCACCACCCUGAAGUGCAGGACAAAUGUUACGAGGAGAUCCACAGAGUUGUCGGUACUGAGCGAGUGCCCACCAUUCACGACAGGCCUGCGAUGGUGUACCUGGAGGCCACCAUCUUGGAAGUCUUACGUUACGCCGACAUCGUGCCCUUAAGUUUGCCGCACUGCACCGCGAGUCACGUGGAACUCAGCGGAUACACGAUCCCAAAGGGCACAUUCGUCCUCCCGAAUCUUGAGUCUGUUCUGCACGAUCCGGAGACUUGGGGAGAUCCUGAAAACUUCAGGCCCGAGAGGUUCAUUGGACAAGAUGGGACAUUGCUUCGCUUUGAGGAACAUAUUCCGUUCUCCAUCGGAAGGAGAGUGUGUCUGGGAGAAGCGGUGGCAAGGAUGGAGCUAUUUCUGUACCUGGCCGCCAUGAUACAGCGCUUCCGCUUUCUGCUACCGGAAACUGGAGAACUGCCAUCUUUGCAGGGAACUCUGGGAAUUGCGCAUGCCCCAAAACAUUUCAUGGUGCGUGUUGUUGUCAGGGAAUUACAGACCCAGACGAUGUUCGGAAUAGAGUUUGUACCGGAGACGACAAGCUUCUUGUUGCUUGUCGUCCUGGCGUUGGUCUCACUGUGGUGGUUAUCAACACGACGGCCAGCAGGACUACCUCCAGGACCAGGCUUUGCUCUUCCGGUGCUGGGUCACAUGCACCUCCUCAAGCUCAAGUCAGAUCCUCGUCAGCUGUUCGCAGCAUGGAGACGACAGUACGGUGACGUGUUCAGUCUGUACGUGGGCAGCCGCCUGGUGGUGGUGCUCAACGGCUACAAGAGUUUGGCAUGGGAAAAAACAUUCUGGCUGAGAAAGAUUCAGGAGGAGGUCAAGGAGUAUAUCAAUGCCCUCGCCGAAAAGAAAGGUCAACCCCAAGACCUAGCCCGAAUAACCCAGGUCAGCGUGUCUAACAACAUCUGCUCCAUUGUCUUUGGCAAACGUUUUGAGUACGAGGAUCCUGUUUUCAAACGCUACAUACAAGCUUUAGAUGAAAACAUUCAAGCAGCAGGUACGACAUCUGUCUUUCAAACAUUUCCUGCUUUAAGACGUCUUCCUGGGGAUCCGUUUGGUAUUAGAAGAAUCUUUGAAAAUGUUAUCUUGAUGCUGAACACGCUCAUCAAACCUUUCAUCGACCGCCAUGUUAAAGACUACGACGAGAAUUCUGUAGAUGAUUUUAUCAGCGCCUAUCUGAGAGAGAUUGCGAAAGCGCAGCAAAAACCAACAGCUGAGUUUAUCAAUGAGAUAAACUUGCGGAAAGUUGUUUUCGAUUUGUUCGGGGCGGGAACCGAGACAACCUCGACAUCUAUCCGCUGGACCAUCGCCUACUUCCUUCACCACCCUGACGUGCAGGACAGGUGUUACGAGGAGAUCCACAGAGUUGUCGGUACUGAGCGAGCGCCCACCAUUCGCGACAGGACCCAGCUGGUCUACCUGGAGGCCACCAUCUUGGAAGUCUUGCGCUAUUCCAGCAUCGUGCCCUUCAGCGUACCUCAUAGCACUGCUACCAGGGUGGAGUUUAGUGGAUACACGAUUCCAAAGGGCACCACGAUUAUUCCUAAUCUGCACUCUGUCCUCCACGCCCCGGAAAUUUGGGGAGAUCCCGACGUCUUCCGCCCAGAACGGUUUAUCACAAACGAUGACAAACUGUUACGAUUUGAUGAACUUAUUCCGUUCUCUAUUGGACGACGAGUGUGUCUGGCGAGGCACUGGCGAGGAUGGAGCUGUACCUGUACCUGGCCGCCAUGAUACAGCGCUUCCGCUUCCUGCCACCGGAAACUGGAGAGCUGCCAUCUUUGCUAGGUUCUCUUGGAAUUGUAGAUGUUCCUAAACGCUACAUGGUUCGUGUUGUCUCCAGGGAAUGAGAAAGUGGCUCAGAAUCAAAGGAGUACAUUGUAACAAAUAAUUGACGAGUGAGAGACUACAGAACAAUGCCUGGAUGUAAGUGUGUGCAUGAAUGUGCGUAUAAGGAGAAAUAGGUUUUGGUUUGCUUUUUCAGACGCCUUUAAUUGCUAUAAGUUUCAAAUAAAAAGAAGUAAUCAAAGAAUACAUAGGAAUAUGUCAGUCGUUCAAUACUCAUAGUAUAGGUAAGUAGAAAUGUGAAAUUAAAGUGUGACUAUAGUAAUAUUAGAUAUUAUACAGAAUUUACAUUGUAUGAUUAAUUGAUAUAUAACUAUGUCAAUAACUGAUAUAUAACUAUGUAAAAGAAUAAAAAUAUAUUGUGUCUU